AGUGAAUGAAUACAACCUAGAUGUCUAACAGCCUGACUGUCAGUAUACUGUGAUACAUUUAUGCAUAAUACUGCUCAGCAUGACAGUGCACAGACUAGAUUGGGGUUUGGCAAACUACAGCUCCCCAGCCAAAUCUAGCCUACUGCCAGUGGUGUUUUUUUUUGUUUGUUUGUUUUGUUUGUUUUAUGCUCCGGGCUGCACGGCUUGCGGGAUCUUAGUUCCCUGACCAGAGGUUGAACCCAGGCCCACGGCAGUGGAAGCGUGGAGUCCUAACCACUGGACCGCCAGGGAAGUCCCAUACCACCUGUUUUUGUAAGGCCUGUGAGCAAAGAAUGGUUUUUGUUUUUAAAUGUUUGGAAAAAAAAAAAAUCAAAGAAUAAUAUUUCACGACACCUGAAAACUAUAUGAAAUUCAGCUUUCGGUGUCCAGAAAUAAAGUUUUAUUGGAACAUACCUAAGCUUAUUCAUUUGUGUGUCGUCUAUAGGUGCUUUGUGCUGCAUUGACAAAGUUGAGUAGUUGUGACAGAGACUAUCUGGCCCAUAAUACCUAAAAUAUUUAUCAUCUGGCUCUUUACUCACAGUUGCCAACCCCAUAACUAGCCUGUCAACAUGGUUGAAUCUUAAGAACAUAAUAUGGAACAACAACAAAAAACUAGUUGCAGAAGAAAUUGGGUACUAGUUAUAUUGACUUCAGCGUGUAAAUCAGCUCUGCAGAUCUUACGGGUCAUACAGAUGGAUUAAAAGUGUAAAAGCGCUCGUGGGGAUGCUGAACGCAAAUUUAGCAUGAACGGUUGCUUUUGGGAAGAAUGAGGUUGGAAAGCACGCUGGCAAGCUCUGACGUCAGCCGGCGGAAGUGGCUGAUCCCGGGAGCAGAGCAUUCCAUCUUCACUGGGCAGCCUCUGGACACGCGGGACAGCAAGGCGGACAGCCAGCCAGAGGACACCUGCCUUCCUGGGUACCAUUCUCCUCUGGAAAAGGAUCCUUCACCUGGAAGUUCACCAACAAGUUUAUGGAUAAAAAAACAAAGAGACACUUCAGACACACCAAUCAUGAAAGCUUUGAAAGAACUUGAUGAAGAAAAAGUAUUUAAAAAUUGGGGCACACAGACAGAGAAAGAGGAUACCUCAAGUAAAUUAUUGACCCCUAGGCUAACUGACACUUCAGUCAAUGCAAGUCGGUCCCCAGAGAAGGGCGCCCAGCAAAGACAAAAGAGAUUUAAUUCUGCUUCACAGAGAUCGUCAUCUUUACCACCUUCAAAUCGUAAAUCAAGUACUCCAACAAAAAGAGAGAUUAUGUUAACACCAGUGACUGUGGCUUAUAGUCCAAAGCGAUCCCCUAAAGAAAAUUUGUCCCCAGGAUUUAGUCAUCUACUUAGCAAAAAUGAAAGCAGCCCGAUUCGAUUUGAUAUACUUUUGGAUGAUUUAGAUACUGUUCCUGUGUCUACAGUACAACGUCCCAAUCCAAGGAAACAACUCCAGUUUCUUCCUCUAGAUGACUCAGAAGAAAAAAAAUACUCAGAAAAAACCACUGACAUCCAUGUUAAUCAUAGCUCUUCCCCCGAACCGUUGCCAAGUGGAGUGAAGAAAGUCUCUGUGAGAUCAGCCUGGGAGAAGAAUCAAUCAGUUAGCUAUGAACAGUGCAAGCCUGCCUACGUACCACCACAGGGUAAUGAUUUUGAGUAUACAGCAAAAAUUAGGACCCUAGCUGAAACGGAACGGUUUUUUGAUGAACUUACAAAAGAAAAAGACCAGAUUGAGGCAGCACUAAGCCGAAUGCCUUCUACUGGAGGACGAAUCUCUCUGCAGACAAGAUUGAAUCAGGAAGCCUUGGAAGAUCGUUUGGAGAAGAUUAAUCGAGAGCUGGGUUCAGUUCGUAUGACAUUAAAGAAAUUUCAUGUUUUGCGCACCUCUGCAAAUCUUUGAGAUUUGUAGCCAUUAAAUUUUGAGACAGUUUUGUUUGCACUAAUGUGUAAUUAUGCACUCAGAAAAGGCAAACUAUUUUGUACUGUUUAUAAGCUUUCACACAGUAGUUUUACAAUCAUGCUAUUCUUUACACUUGCUAUUUUAUACUUCAAAUGGCCACAUAUUUUCAAGAUAUUUUUAUUAUGCUCAGGAAUCUCUUGUAUAUUUUACUAUUUAAAAAGUAUUAUUUUUAAAUAGUAUAUGUAUCCAAUUUAUAUCAAGAAUAAGGAAAUGUAAAUAGGGGAGACAGCUCUGUUUCUAAACAAAUAGUGUUAUCCUUUUACCAUUAACUUUGCACACCAAUUUUAUAAACUUGUUCUACAUUGUGAAUGUGAUUCUUUUUUUAAAAAAAUAAAUGCUUAAGAACAGCUUCCGUAACGAUAGACUAAUUCAUGCUGAAUGCAA